AUGUCGAGCACAGCAGCUGCAGCAGAUGCCCCGCUCUCCGGCUUUGAAAGAAAGCUGAGCUCGUCUAUUCAGCGUCUUCGGGCCAAUAGCAUUCACCAUGAACGCACCUUCAAAUCCAGCGAAUCCUCCAAGUCACAGCUCUAUCUCCACAGACUGAAGUCAAUUAACCGCCAUGGUGGCCGCAACCUGAGCAACGACGAGGCUCUCUUCUUCCUUUCGUUGCCUGACAAGAUUCGUCGUCUUCACUUCACGGCAGAGGAGAACAUCCUAAUGCGGGCCGCAUGCGAAUUGCAGCUUUCCAAGCGUCCUCGCUACGACAACAUUCGUCCACUUCCUCUCAGAUCUUGGACCGACGGAGGCGCCUCGAGCAGCCACAGCUACGCUAGUUCGUCUAUCAGUCGCCACACCAUGGCCGGACCGGUUUCUCUUCCUUCAACGCCAACUACUUCUGACGGAGGAUACCCCUCAGCUACUAGCAGUCGCACCUCGUCUCGUCCUCGCACAGAAUCAAUCGUGUCUUCCAACGCUUCUGUCCGACCCUUCAAUCCACUAGGCUGUCACCCUCUUGGAGGCUCGCAUGCCACCAUCAUGUCGCAGAGCCCCUUCGACUAUACCAAGGUUGCUUCAAAGGUCCCUGAUACUCCAGGCUCCACGACUAGACAGUACCUGGAUCCCAAGACUAGGAUGAUGAUUCGCCAGUGCACCGCCUCUCCCGAAGCAUUUGAUGAAGUCGUCAACUUUGGAUACCACACCGAGGAGGAUUUUCCUACCACCAGCUCUCACAUAACCUCAGAAUACCAAUUUGACGAAGGCUUGAGUUCGUCAGAUGGCAUUUCGGACGAAGACGAAGACGACUACACCCUCGACUCCGAUGAUGAACCCUGGACUCCCGGCUCCGAUGAUACUCUGGCCACUAGCUGGGACAUGAACUCGCCUACCUAUUCUCCAGUCCAGCGCUUUGAUAGCAGCUGCUUCCGCCCCAAGCAGCGCCCAAUGACUCUGCGUGUCACUCUGACCAAGCCUGAGAACAAGGUUUUGGACGACUCGCCUGUUCGUGCAUCAAAGCCAGGCCAGACCUAUCGCCCAAGCUUGAAGGUUGAGGAUCCUCUGGCACUCGAACAACUUACAUUCUCGGACGACGUCACCGGAAAGUACGGAGCUUUCGCUGUCAGCCCCACCAAGGACAGCAGCAAGAUGAAGAAGCUGUUGAAGAGAUUGACAUCACCCGCUUUCUGA